AUGUCUGGAUUUUUUCAAAUGCUGAAAAAGAAGAAAGAGUUAAUCCCUUUAAUCGGAUUCAUGGCGUUCGCAGCGACAGGUGCCACAUCCGCCUCAAUUUAUUUCCUACUGACGAAACCAGAUGUAAUUCUAAACAAGACCAGAAAUCCCGAGCCAUGGGAGAACAUUGAUCCAACUAAACCUCAGAAGUUUAUCACGAUACACCAGCAGUGGAAGCCAGUGGAGGAGCUGCAGAUGGUGAAAAGUAUGACAAAGUGAAGACCUCCUGCCACUCCCCUCACACCCCCAUCCCUGUCUGGGCCCUGAAAUGCACCCCCCUCCUCACCAAACCCCUGUCAGUCUAACAGAAUCAUCUCUGCACAGACUAGGAACGCUGGCAAUCAGUGUGCGGAAAUGCUUCUGCUGCACUGGUGGGGUCUGAUCACUCUGGAACUGUGGUGCAUCCUGGACCGAGAGGCACUCCCCUGCAAAUCCCCCUUUCCUUCCUACCCCACCAUCCCCUUCCUAAGUCCCUCCUGCCCCCACCUGGCACACACACACACACACACAGCAGUCUCCACAUCACUACAGAGCACAGCUAUUCUACAGUGAUGUCCUUGUGAAAUGUGACCUGACUUGCCCUGUCCAUGUUCUGUAUAUAUGGUUGUAUAAUAAAUCAUUGCUUUUAGACUGUUUUUUUUUUUUUAGUGUUUUUGCAUCUGUUUUUUUGUAUUUUCUGUUUUCCUAUAACACAACAUAGCUUCUAAAUUGUACAUGUAUCAUAUGUAAUGAAAACAAACAGGUGAAAGUUGAAGGUAGAGAGUAUUGUAAUAGAAUCUUUAACCACAACUUCCCGCUGGGAUUUUUUCUUGCCGGUCCAGUGUCCGGAAAGAAUUUAUUUUACCAGACAAAUUUGAAACUUACUGGUCAUUGUUCAACAGGCUUGGGGAGUAACAGAAUAGGCUACAUGUAAUGGCGUUAUGUAAUUAGGAUACAAAAAAGGUAACUGUAUUCCCUUACAGUUACAGAAAAAAGCCG